AUGUCCAAUACCGCCGCCAUAGCCGCCGCUGCCGUGACACAAAACCAGCACAGCAUGAACGUCUCCGGGCUGUCGCAGAACAACAACUCCGUGGUCGGCUUGCACUACAAAAUCGGCAAGAAAAUCGGCGAGGGCUCCUUCGGCGUGCUCUUCGAGGGCAGCAACAUCAUCAACGGCGUCGCCGUGGCCAUCAAGUUCGAGCCCAGGAAAACCGAGGCGCCUCAGUUGCGCGACGAGUACCGCACCUAUAAGCAUUUGCAAGGCUGCGACGGAAUCCCCAACGCCUACUACUUCGGGCAGGAGGGCUUGCACUCCAUCUUGGUCAUCGACUUGUUGGGCCCGUCCUUGGAGGACUUGUUCGACUGGUGCGGCCGCCGCUUCUCCGUGAAAACCGUGGUGCAGAUUGCCGUGCAGAUGUUGAAUUUGAUCGAGGAGGUGCACCGCCACGACUUGAUCUACCGGGACAUCAAGCCCGACAACUUCCUCAUUGGCCGCCAAGGCUUCCCCACGGAAAACAAGGUGCACUUGAUUGACUUUGGCAUGGCCAAGCAGUACCGCGACCCGCGCACGAAGCAGCACAUUCCGUACCGAGAAAAGAAGUCCUUGAGCGGCACUGCACGGUACAUGUCCAUCAACACGCACUUGGGCCGCGAGCAGCUGCGCAGAGACGACUUGGAGGCCUUGGGCCACGUGUUCUUCUACUUCUUGCGUGGGCAGUUGCCCUGGCAGGGCUUGAAGGCGCCCACCAACAAGCAGAAGUACGAAAAAAUUGGCGACAAGAAGCGCACCACUGCCGCCACGCUUUUGUGCGAGGGCUUCCCGAAGCAGUUUGCGGAGUACUUGGACUCUGUGAGAUCCUUGCCGUUCGAGGCCGAGCCCGCGUACGAGGAGUACCGCAUGUUGUUGUUGUCGGCCUUGGACGACUUGGGCCUCAGCUGCGACGGCGACUUCGACUGGAUGCAUCUCAACGGCGGCAAGGGCUGGGACUCGUCCAUCAACAAGAAACCAAACUUGCAUGGCUACGGGCAUCCCAACCCGCCCAACGAGAGGGAGAGGCGCCACCGCGAGCUGCGGAGAAACAGGCCCCACCAGUCGACACAGGGCGGCAACGUCAUUGCCAGCUCUGCGGGCAACAACAACUUGAACAGUAAUAUCAACCAGUCCACGCAGCAGCAGCAGCAGUUGUCCGCGGCGCAGUCGCACCAGCAAAAGUUGCAGCAUUUGAUCAACAGACCCUUGCCCCCCAUCAAGCAGGAGCUCCAGCCGCACUCGCGCUUGAGCUCGCAGGGCAACAACGACAUGGCGGGCAGCCAGGCCGUGAUGCGAAACGCGCAGCCGAACUACGUGAACACCCAGAGGGCCGACCAGUACGAGCAGCAGCAGGUGGUCCAGGAAGAAAAGAAGGGCUUCUGGUCCAAGCUCUGCUGCCAGUGA